AUGGCACACCUCUCAUCGCCGUCCACACCGACGCGUAACCCCCGCUCUACAUUCCUCGUGCCCCCGCCAGACCCAGACCGGCCCCUCAGCCAUCCACCUUCAUCUCCUUUCCACCCAUCGCGCACCUCCACAACGCUCUCCAAGCACCGCUCCAACCCCAACCUUCGCCCCUACCCUGCUCCCCCGUCCCCCGCCGCAUCCAAAGACUUUUCAAGAGAAGUUAGGCUCAGAAAACGAAACAGUCGCGCGAGACUGGAGAGAGUCCCCAGCGCCCCAAAUAGGGAGGAGGUGGGCACAGGUGAGGAUGAGAUUAUGGAGUCCGCGAGUGAGGAGGGGGAAGAGGAGGAUGUGUUUGUAUCGCCUUCAUUGGGGUACCGGUAUGGGAAGAAGAGUCAACUGAGAGGGGAGAUGUCAAUGAGCAAUCUCGGGUCUCCCAUUCACAAGCAAGCGACGAGGCGUGGCUCCUCUGCCGCCUUGUUGAACGGUCACAAUUCCCUCACAAACACUUCAACCCCAAGAUCUUCCACCCUCACCAAUCCCUUCGAGAAUUCUGAUCCCUUUGCGUCGUCCGCAUCGGUCAUCUCUGGCUUUGGAUCAGCAACCGACGGUACCCUCACAAGCUCUCCUUCCAGCUCUUCUUCUUCUUCUUUCCCUUCUUCCUCCUCCGACUCCUCCUCCCAGUCCGCUGUCUCCGACGGUACGGUGAAACCACAGUCUUCCUCCUCCUCAUCGUCCGAGUCUGCGGGUAUAUCAUACCACAUCGCAAUGAAGGAAUGCAUGCUGACAAUGCGCACCAUCACCCAGCAGCCGACUCCAUCAAGUACCACAUCGGAAGACAGCCCGCCGAUAUCGAAUCAACCCUCUCCCCCGUCUUGGGAGACGCACCUCCCUUCUCCGCGAGCUUCAGAGGACGACAGCAUGGAUGCUUCCACGCCAGCCACUUCAAUAGAAAGCCAAUCUGACUCUCAGUCAGGCUCGCCUACCAGCCUCUCCGACCAGGCGACUACGUCCGACGCUACCACCUCGACGAAAUAUAGCAGAGGCCCCAGCGAGUCCUUCAGCGAGUACUGA